AUGGCUGACUAUGGGGCAGUGGGAUGCCUGGCGCGUAGGCUCGAGGAGAACGAUGUUGUGCGACGUCGGUUGCUUGAGAAACCAGAACAGAUCCUCACGAGGUGGAUCAACCCCAAGGCUGUUGGCAUUGCUUCCGUGAAAGCAAUGGGAAAGAACCAGCACGCCCUCGAGUUGCUGGCUGAGUGGUGGGUUCACAACCAACCAGUGCCUAAGACAGUUCCCAUCGACCGAAUGCGAGAGGAGGUGAGCAUUCUCCGGCAACACUUGGGGCUCGACGUGGACUUGCAGAGCGUGCACUUGGAUGCUGCAGGCUUAAAGUGGCUUCCCGUUGCCAAGUUAAAGGAUCGCUGCUUGGACAAGUUCUAUGCCAUCUUGGAGGGCGCGUGGACAGUGCCAGACGAUGGCACGGUGCUUGGACUGCACCCGCUGCCAGGGCCUGGGGGUGCAGGCGGAGAUGACGACGAUGAUGAUCAUCAUCAUGGUGGGGGUGCUCCACUUCUGGCCAUCGAGGAUGCCCCGUCGCUUGAAGUCGUGGCCAUUGAUGGUGAAGAUGGUGUGGAGUACGCAGACCGAGCUGAGAUCGAGGAACUUGAGGGCCACGAGCAUGCUGAGGAGGAGGAGCAGUGCGACGACGACCCAGUGGUCGACGCAGACCACACCGGGAAGAAGGAAGAGGAGGAGGCGGUGAUGUCUGUGCCAGACAAAGUGGAGCAGACGCCCUCGCCGAACACAGACUUGCCAGGUCCAACGCAGGACUCGCAGCUGGUGCGGCAGGCCUCCAGUUCCUCGAUCGACACGGACUUCUCAACCCCGGAAGGCAAGCCAGGUCCGAUUGUUCGCGCCCAGCCUUUGCUCACCCCCCGCAAGUUGUUUGUGGACGAGACUUUCAAGCCACCGACUCCUCUGCUUAUGCCCGAAGACAGGGCCCGUGUGAUCGAGCAGUUGAGGUUGGAGAUGCAGAGGCGCGCUGCGGCAGCGAAGGUGCCGGCGCCAGCUGGUCCGGCAGUUAGUUGCUGGCUAUGUGUUAACAAUAUUUUGAAACAGUUUCUAUCUGUGCUAUACGACAAGCUGCGAGCAGCAAGCGCACACUCUUUAGGCCCGGAUGAGAUGGAGACAUUGGUGCCGGAGAGCCCAAGUUGGCUGAAGUCCGGGGAGUCGGGUUCAGUGGCCUCAAGCCCCAAGAGCUUGGAGGAAGCAACAGGCCCGAUGAUCAGCAGCCCAUCGUAUGCUCCCUCGCCGGAUGUCAAGGGUCAAGAGGGCAUGAACACGGAGGAGGUCUCGACGGUUCCUUCGCUAAUUCGGUAA